AUGGAAGGUUAUGAAAAUGAUGCUGCAAAUUUGCAUCAAGGAAAAGGAAUAGUAACAUGCAAUUCAGAAUCGUUUGGCUCUACAGAUGAUGCUGCCACAGAUGACUCUAUUACGCAUACCCGACCUGGCAACGCUGCUGAAUCGAAAGAGCUUCGCCGAGACCUAAAUAUGCGUCAUCUUUGCUUCCUCGCUCUGGGAAGCGGUGUUGGUACUGGCCUUUUUAUGGGCUCCGGUAACAUUUUAAAAUAUGGUGGUCCAGGAUCAUUGAUGAUAAGUUUUGUGCUCCUAGGCUUUAUGGUCAUCACAGUCAUUUUCGCUGUGGGCGAGCUUGUAUCAGUAUUUCCCUCUUCUGCAUCAUAUGCCGAAAUGCUGAAAAGAUUUGUACAUCCUUCUGCAGGAUUUGCAAUCGGUAUAAAUUUCGUGACAACUUGGUUGAUUAUUCUACCUACAGAAUUGACGGUAUCGUGCAUGGCUAUCAGCUACUGGGAUAAGGAUGAAGUGGUUCCCAAAGGUGUUUGGGUUGCAAUUAUUCUUGUCGCUGUUUUCUCCGUUAAUCUUUUUGGUGUGCGAUUCUUCGGGGAAUUCGAAAUGCUAACCACAAGCAUAAAAAUGGCUGGCUGUAUUGGUUUUAUUGUUGCAUGUAUUGUGUUUGCAUGCGGUGGAGCGAAUAGUGAGCACGUUGGUGCACAUUAUUGGCAUCAGCCUGGCGCAUUCAAGAACAGUUUUAAAGGAUUCUGCAAUUCUUUCGCGUUCACAGCAUUAGCCUAUGGUGGCACAGAGAUUAUAGGUGUCACUGUUGGUGAAUCUUCUCAUCCGAGAAGGCAUCUUCCUAAAGCAGCAAAAUACGUUGUCUAUCGUGUUUUAAUCUUCUUUAUCUUAUCACUAUUUAUGGUUUCAUUACUUGUUCCCUCUGAUAAUCCGGAGCUAUCUAACUACUCACCUUUUGUAAUGGCCAUUGAAUCAGGAGGGGUAAGGGCACUUCCUCAGAUUUUCAAUGCUGUGACGCUAAUUUCGUUCAUAUCUGUCGCCAAUGCGGCAGUCUACACGGCGAGCCGUCUUCUGUAUACCAUGGCAGAAAAGCACUUCAUACCCAGCAUAUUUCUGUUUUCAGACAGGCAAGGCCGUCCUAUCGCUGGAUAUAUUUUUGUAUUCCUAUUCGGUCUUCUGGGUUUUUUGGUAUACUCCAGCUCGGAAGAAGAAGUUUUCAAUUGGCUGGGAAGUAUAUCUGGCAUGUCUGUCAUUUUAUUAUGGUUUAGUAUUGCACUGGCACAUAUUCGCUUCCGCUUUGCUUGGAAACGAGCCGGAUAUUCAGUGAAAGACCUACCCUGGAGCUCACCUUUAGGCAUUUGGGGCUCUUUAAUUGCAUUAACCCUAAACAUGCUCGUUUUGAUGGCCACGUUUUAUAUCUCCGUGUUUCCUAUUGAUGAGGCGCAGUCAGACGGCUAUGCUCGUGCUAAAGAGUUCUUCCAAUCAUACCUAUCUGUGGUCAUUAUGCUGUUCUCUUUCCUACUACAUUUGAUCACUACCAGGUCAAAGUUUAUACGACUGAGCGACAUUGAUCUCCAGACAGGUCGCCGUGACCCCAACGAAGGGCACGAAUGGGAGUUCGAAAAAGGCGAACUGAUGAAGCCGAGAUGGAGGCGCAUUUUGGACAUAUUCUUUUGA